GUUUUCCAUCACACAUCAAGGUUCUACCAAAACACCCCGGAAACUGCUCUGCACAAGAACCCCAAAGAAAGCAAGACGAGAAUGUGCAGGGGUUUGUUUAGAGAUGAUACCGUCUGCCGGCUGCUACAUAUGGAAACUAUCACCGGCAUCACGGAUCCGAUCGGCAGAAUCCACCCUUUUUUGUGAAACCAAGCGCACACACAGACCAGAGUGUUUUCGGAUCCCUUAUCUUCUCAGCCAAGAGAUGGAAUGUGAAAUCUCUCCUCUAUUUUUACCUGCUAACUUGUUGUCUUGUUCUCCCGCUGGCGUUUUCAGUGAAAGGAUUUGUGCGAUGGUGUAUUUGGGGAUGGUGAAGCUUCGGCUUUUUAUUGCUCCUGAUUUGUCCUCUCAGGUUCAGGGAAUUAAAUUUAUUAAGCAAAUUGAUUUUUGGGUUAUCUGUUUUUCUGUUGUUAUUAUUGAGUAUGAGAUCAAAAUUGCAUGCCUUCUCUGUUUGGUUACUGUGAAAGUAGAGGAAAAUUGAAGAUAAAAUUAUCUGAUCCCAUUUCGUGGACUAAAGUAGAAUGCAUGCACCUCCAUCAAAUCCUGUUGACAUCAAUGGAAGGAAAGACAAUUCUGUUGCCAAGAAUUGUUGUUCCUCGUAAGAUAAACAGAAGAACAAAUAGACAGAAGAUUAGCAA